UUAAUUUUCAACCAGCUUUAAUUUAAUCUUUCAGCGAGCUUAAGCACAACUGGCGCUAACAACGAAUUUUAAUUUGAAGAAAUUKAAAAAGUGAAUGACGGCUGAAACUAUGUCAAGUGUUGUUUUGUAAGUUGAUUUUAUAAUGKUUAAAUCGAUGUUUCUUYAACCAAAAACAAUUUAUUUCCGAGCUUUCGGGCAUUAGUGCCCAUCUUCAGGGAAUACAAUGAUAUUAUUCGUCAUAACAGGUUUUAUUUUCAUUUUUUUAUGAGUUAAUGCUUUUUUGUCAAUGUCGGUGGGAAAUCAGUAUAUAGAAACAAAAUUAUUUUAAAAAACCCUUUUUUUUUUGGCCUGGCUAUUUUUCUAUCGGUAAGCAGAUAGUUCAGUCGGAGUCUAGCGGGCAGGCUGCCAACAAGCAAUAACUUGUGCGGCUAGGGUGUCAUGCAAGUGCAUGUCGUGAGUUCAGAUUUGUUUUCCCAUCGAUAUUUGGGUUUGGAUUGACUAUCCAAAGAAUAAGUGAGGCACGCUUUAUAGGGACCUUUAGUUGAUACUGUUUCACAGUGAAGCCCUUCCAGUWACAUGGGUUGAUGGAAGCCCUAUGGUGUUUGUCAUUAUACCUGGAGAUACGAAAAAAAGACUUCGGCCAGUUGUUGAGAAUGGUGGUGGUGUUAUUACCAGCAAAGAAACACCAGGAGCAAUCAGAUUGGUUGAGCCCAAUUACAAAACAGGGAAACAGUUAGUUUCCAGUGACUUUGUUUUUGACAGCUACAAACGUGGAACAUUAUGCAAUAUUGAAGAUUACAGGAUAGAAACAAAGCCAGAUAUCAUAGCUAGUCCUGGCAAGAUUCAUAUUACUGUCAAAACAGAAGCGGCACAGAAUGGGAGAAUGAAGUACAGCCCUGAAGAAGAUCAAGCUAUUCUUGAUUAUAUCAGAAAGUUUGAAGGUCAAGACGUAAAACUCUCAGGAAACAAAAUAUGGCAAGAGAUGGAAAAUAAAAAAGUGACUUGUCGUAGAUGGCAGUCAAUGAGGUCACGUUAUUUAUCUUUCUUGAGGCAGAGUACUUGUUCAACUUCCCAUAAAGGAAAACUGGAGUUUAUAGAAAGUAAGAACAUUUCAAAAAGCCAGAUUACAAUAGAUGACAACUCAGCUGAGAAUGCUUUACCUAACAAGAAAAUCAAAACUAGUUGUCAUUUCUUUCAAAAGGAUGUUACAGUGAAUGAAAAGAGAAAAGACAAAGAAAAUGUACGUGCUUCUUUGCCUAAAGAGCAAAAGACUUGUUUUGAAAGUAAUUGUGAUGAAAUUAUUCAACAAACAUAUAAAACAUCAUCUAUCCAAAAGAACAAAGUUGUAAACACACUGGAUAAGUCAGAAUCUCAAGAUGUUGAAGCAGAAGAUCUGCAUGUUACAUGUACUUGUACAUCUUCAUUUGUGGACAAGUCUUCAAAUGCAUGUUGCAAUAAAAGGCUGCAAACAGAUGACACAGGAUUCUGUGCUACAUGUAGGAAAAAUAAUUCCCCAAAAAGAAACAGCAUUGAAGGAACUAUAAAUUCAUGCAACAGUGAAAUAAGAAAAUUAAAGGCACAGCCAAAAGACAUUUCAAGUCGUAAAGUUGAAUCUGGGAAAGAACAUUUCGAUGUACCACAGUACGAUAUGCUUUGUAACCAUGACAAUGAGAACAGUACUGAUGAUUGCUCUCCAGUUUUGAGAUGCCAUCAGCUUUUUGAAAAUUUUAAACAAAUAGAGAUGAUCAGUCAGAAGUCACCAUGUAAGACGCAAACUCCAACCCCAGUACAGGUUUUACAUGCAUUGUAUGUGUCUUGUGGUUGCUUGAAAUGUGCUUCUCAUUACUUGCAGACAGGUUUGCUUCUGAAUGGGCAGGAGAUCUGGAAAAGGGAAGAGGACUUGGCAAUCAGUUCAGGUGAUGCUGUGGCAAUCAAGAAGAUAGUUGACAAAAGAGGACAGAAAGCAGUGGAUAGCAGGAAACAAUUCCUCAGUAGUUUUUGAUGGUGGAAGUUUUACAUUUUAUGGUGAUUUUGAACAUCAUGUAAUAAUAAUAUUAUUAUUAUUAUUAUUACAUUUCACAACAAAAUUUAAUAUUAUUAUAAACUGAUCAUGUAAACUUGGGUUAUUUUAAAGUGCACUCCAUAUAUCCGUGAAGCAAUUACUAGCUACAGGUAUAGCAUAAAAGCAUUUAGUUCUCACUAUUUAGCUGCUAAUUAACAGUAAUAAUUUACCCAGGGCCGUAACCAGAACUUGUACAGGGAGGGUGCACAUCGAAUAAAACCUAA